AUGCUGCUCACGUUGACAUCGAUAUCGCCCUCGACCACGUCAAACUCGGUCGCAUCUCAACAGGCAUACUCCAAGAUGGCGACAGAAGACACACCAUCACUAUUCAACCCUCGCUUCCUCGUCAUCAGCCUGGGAAACCCGGCUCCCCACACCAAGACCCUCCACUCAGCAGGCCACCUCGCCCUGCAGGCGGUGCAGCAGCAACUCCACCGCGAACACGGCCAGCCCUCAUUCUCAUCCGAGCGGAUAGCAAAGACGAAGGCCCAGAUAUCCGUCGGCGACAAGUACACCCUGCUGCAGUGCCCCACCUUCAUGAACGUGUCUGGUCCCUUUGUCGCGAAGGCCUGGAAGGCACUGCUGGCCACCCACCGGGAGCAGGACCCGACGAGGCCGCUGGGGCUGGUCAUCGUGAACGAUGACCUCGAGGAGGACCUGGGCGCCAUCAAGGUGCAGAAGUGGGAGAAGAGCCACCGCGGCCACAACGGUAUGAGGAGCAUCAAGGCCGUCAUGAACAACGGCGACUACCAGGACUCGAAAUGGGCCCGGGUCUCGGUCGGCAUCGGGCGGCCUGAGGCCAGGGAUGCGGCAACCGUCUCGAACUACGUGCUCAAGCCGUGGAGCGAGCACCAGGAGGGUGUCAUUUAUGGGAACUCGGGGCCUGGGGUCCUAGCUGCCCUCAACGAGAUCGAGGAGGCGUGGGGGAGGGAGAGGGAAGGCCUUUCGGGGAAGUCGUCCAAGGUAGACAGCCACAACCAGCCCAAGAAGGCCAAGAAGCAGAGGCCAUCCAACAAGGAACCUGCCGACGAUGGGAUCGUUGGCAAACUGGCGGACGCAGCGACAAUAGCUAUCAUGGACCCAUAA